GCCCGACCUCCCCCUCCUUCCCCCGCGGGCCCCCUCCCCGCAGGGAUAAUAUGGUCUCCGGCGAUGGACGCCCCAAGUGCAGGAUAUGCCUUUGAAUACCUUAUUGAAACAUUAAAUGACAGUUCACAUAAGAAGUUCUUCAAUGUACCUAGACUUGGAGGCACCAAGUAUGAUGUUCUGCCUUACUCAAUACGGGUCCUGUUGGAAGCUGCUGUGCGAAAUUGUGAUGGCUUUUUAAUGAAAAGGGAAGAUGUUAUGAACAUUUUAGACUGGAAAACCAAACAAAGCAAUGUUGAAGUGCCCUUUUUCCCUGCCCGUGUUCUUCUUCAAGAUUUUACUGGAAUACCGGCAAUGGUGGAUUUUGCUGCUAUGAGGGAGGCAGUGAAAACUCUUGGAGGUGACCCUAAGAAAGUCCAUCCUGCCUGUCCGACAGAUCUCACGGUUGAUCAUUCUUUACAAAUUGACUUCAACAAAUGUGCAAUACAGAAUGCUCCAAAUCCUGGAGGUGGUGACUUACAGAAAGCAGGAAAGCUUUCUCCACUUAGAGUGCAGCCUAAGAAGCUUCCCUGCAGAGGCCAGACUACCUGCCGAGGAUCGUGUGAUUCUGGAGAACUAGGCCGAAACUCAGGAAGAUUUUCUUCGCAGAUCGAAAAUACACCCAUUCUAUGUCCUUUUCAUUUGCAACCAGUGCCUGAACCUGAAACAGUAUUAAAAAAUCAAGAAGUAGAAUUUGGCAGAAAUCGAGAGAGACUUCAAUUUUUCAAGUGGAGUUCAAGAGUUUUUAAGAAUGUGGCUGUAAUCCCUCCUGGAACUGGAAUGGCUCAUCAAGUAAACUUAGAGUAUUUGUCGAGAGUGGUUUUUGAAGAAAAGGACCUCCUCUUUCCGGACAGUGUCAUUGGCACAGAUUCUCAUAUAACCAUGGUGAAUGGUUUGGGGAUUCUGGGGUGGGGGGUUGGAGGUAUUGAAACAGAAGCAGUUAUGCUUGGUCUGCCAGCUUCUCUUACUUUACCAGAGGUGGUUGGAUGUGAAUUAACUGGCUCAUCGAAUCCUUUUGUUACAUCCAUAGAUGUUGUUCUUGGCAUUACAAAGCACCUCAGACAAGUAGGAGUGGCUGGAAAGUUUGUUGAGUUUUUUGGAAGUGGAGUUUCACAGUUAUCUAUAGUAGAUCGAACUACAAUAGCAAACAUGUGUCCAGAAUAUGGUGCUAUCCUCAGCUUUUUCCCUGUUGACAAUGUGACAUUAAAACAUUUAGAACAUACAGGUUUUGACAAAGCCAAACUCAAGUCAAUGGAAACAUACCUUAAAGCUGUGAAAUUGUUUCGAAAUGACCAGGAUAAUUCAAGAGAACCUGAGUAUUCCCAGGUGAUCCAGAUUAAUCUGAAUUCAAUAGUUCCAUCUGUCAGUGGUCCAAAAAGACCUCAAGAUAGAGUUGCUUUGACAGAUAUGAAAAGUGAUUUCCAAGCUUGCUUAAAUGAAAAGGUUGGAUUUAAAGGCUUCCAAAUUGCAGCUGAAAAGCAAAAUGAUAUCGUCUCUAUUCAUUAUGAAGGAAGUGAAUAUAAGCUGUCUCACGGAUCUGUGGUCAUUGCCGCCGUUAUCAGUUGUACCAAUAAUUGCAAUCCAUCUGUCAUGCUCGCUGCAGGUCUUUUGGCUAAAAAAGCUGUUGAAGCUGGUCUGCAUGUUAAACCUUAUAUAAGAACAAGUUUAUCUCCAGGCAGUGGGAUGGUUACACAUUACCUCAGUUCAAGUGGAGUAUUACCAUAUCUUAGUAAGCUCGGAUUUGAAAUAGUUGGCUAUGGAUGUUCAACAUGUGUGGGAAAUACAGCACCCUUAUCAGAAGCAGUUUUAAAUGCAGUAAAACAGGGUGAUUUGGUUACUUGUGGAGUUUUAUCUGGAAAUAAAAAUUUUGAAGGUCGUCUUUGUGAUUGUGUUCGUGCCAAUUACCUUGCCUCUCCACCCUUAGUGGUAGCUUAUGCCAUAGCAGGCACAGUGAAUAUAGAUUUCCAGACGGAGCCUUUAGGUACUGACCCUACUGGCAGGAAUAUUUACCUACAUGAUAUUUGGCCUAGUCGAGAAGAAGUUCAUCAGAUAGAGGAAGAACAUGUUGUAUUAUCCAUGUUUAAAGCAUUAAAAGAGAAGACAGAGAUGGGAAAUAAACGGUGGAAUUCUUUAGAAGUACCAGAUUCAGUUUUGUUUCCAUGGGAUUUAAAGUCUACUUAUAUCAGAUGUCCUUCAUUUUUUGAUAAGCUUACCAAAGAGCCAGUUGCACUCCAGCCUAUUGAAAAUGCCCAUGUCUUAUUAUAUCUGGGAGACUCUGUCACGACAGAUCAUAUAUCACCUGCUGGAAGCAUUGCUAGGAGUAGUCCUGCUGCUAAGUAUUUGACAAACAGAGGCCUUACCCCUCGUGAAUUCAACUCUUACGGAGCCCGAAGAGGUAAUGAUGCUGUGAUGACAAGAGGCACUUUCGCAAAUAUCAAGCUUUUUAAUAAGUUCAUUGGAAAACCAGCUCCCAAAACAGUUCAUUUUCCAUCAGGACAGACGCUAGAUGUAUUUGAGGCUGCAGAGCUGUACCAGAAGGAAGGUAUCCCACUGAUUAUUUUAGCAGGGAAGAAAUAUGGUUCAGGAAAUUCAAGAGAUUGGGCUGCCAAAGGACCAUACUUGCUGGGUGUGAAAGCUGUUUUGGCUGAAAGUUAUGAAAAAAUUCACAAAGAUCAUUUGAUUGGAAUUGGCAUAGCUCCACUUCAGUUCCUUCCAGGAGAAAAUGCAGAUUCUUUGGGCCUCUCUGGCAGAGAAACAUUUUCUUUAACAUUUCCUGAAGAACUGUCUCCUGGAGUUACAUUAAAUAUAAAGACAAGCACUGGAAAAGUAUUCAGCGUGAUUGCUUCCUUUGAAAAUGAUGUGGAAAUAACAUUGUUCAAACAUGGAGGAUUAUUAAACUUUGUGGCACGAAAAUUCUCAUAGUAUCUACUCACCAUGGAUACCUUUCAUAACUGGUAACUGCAAACAAAGCCUUUUGUGCUGGACCCAGGAAUCCUUACCAUGGAGCUGCAGGUAGUCCCAGUAUGCUCACUUAUCUCAUCCAUGGAUGUAAAUGAUUAUGAAUCAACGUAGUGACUGAAAUGAAAUCUUCUUGAUUUUAAAUAAUAUACGAAUGGUGCUAUUAACAUUGCUAAAAUCAGCGUGUGAAGUGUGUUGUGGAAGAGGCCUGUAAGUAUGGGGGGAUAUUUUAUCAGACCAUUUUGUAAAUAAAGGCAGAAUUUGAA